GGCGCGUUACAAACGUGACGUCACGGCGGUCGGGCGCAGUAAGACACACACAAGUUCAGGCCAAACAAUUCAGUGUUAGCCGAACGCUCGACGAGCUGAGACGCGCCCGCGUUUAAUCAUUAAACCGCAGAGCGUCGCCACUACUGUGUAUAAGUGUUGUAGUAGUAUUAGUAGUACACUCAACGACAAAAGAAACUUCUUAUUAUAAUCGAACCUUAAAAAAAAAUUAAAGGAGUUAUAAAUAAAUUUUAAUAAAAUUUGCUAAACAAAGUUUUGUUUGUUGAAGUGAAAAAAUAAAUUUUGAAACAAUUCUUUUUUUAUUUGUGUCUAAUUUUUGGAUUAUUAAGUGAUGUUGUAGCGUUAAAUUGAAUAAAUCAUCAUGAAAUCACCACCAUCAGUCACAGACGACUGCGAUGAUAUUUUUGGUCCACCCCGUACCUACGAAACGGGUUAUUGUCCGCCAAAGAAUCGGCCGUCGAUGAUCAGCGCGAAAUAUCGCCAAAAAGAAGAACGUAGAAAAGUGUUGAAGAUCAGCAUAAAUAAGUUGAAGAAAAUUGAAGAUCCCGAAGCGAGUUUGUGCAGAUCGGUUUUGAUCAAUAACACGAUGAAGCGGCUACAGAAGGAGGCGCGCGACGAAAAAAUCCAAAAGCAACAGCUAAAUUACCCGCGGUGUUACGAAAACGAUAAUUUCUUAAACCUAAAAAGUGAGUUUAUGAAAAACGAGUUGAAAACGUUCGACCAACCCGGCGAUUUCACGCCGAACGAUGCAAAAAUUGUGGACAGUUUAAGUGCGGAUUUCGCAAUGGAACCGGAAUUCGAUCGAAAAAUCGGUGAAGUGAUGAACGAGGGAGUUGAAGUGAUCAAAAAUUUAAUGGAGAACGAGUUUUGUGUAAACGGAAGUGACUCAAACAGUAACAAUAACGUUUGUGUAGUGCAAGAAACCCAAGAAAAUAGUACCACCAACAACACCACGACAAACCCAAAUAAUAGGUUUUCAAGAAAACGUUCAUUCGAUGAUUACGAAGAUUGUGAUGUGCAAGAUGUUCUUUCGCAAUUUUACAUGCCCCCUACGCCUAGAAUGUUAACCUGUAUCGACGAAGAUGAAGACGUUAACGUCGUUGACGUUGAAGAGCCCUCGACGAAACGAGCCAAAAUUGAAAUUAUCAGUGAAACAACUUCUUGUAACAGUAAUAGUGAAGUGAUUCCACGACUGGACGAGUUUCUACAGAAAUUCGAUAAGGACGAUUACAGAAUGAUGACGUACACGAACAAUAACCUGCCUCCGGAUACCGAUAGGUUACGAUAUGUGCCAUCAUCAACGACGGUCGACGACACGAAUUCCUACAGUUGCGGCCACGCGUCCAUGUUCAACGACAUCCAAAACAACGUCUUUCACAGCCUAAUUACAUCCCUGGAAACGUAGCAUUAAAAAGAUGAAACAAUUUCGAAUUCGAUGCAAGUUUUUUUUGUAUAUUCUGUUUGUGAUAAUAAAAAAAUAAUAAUUAAAAAUCAAAAUUUCA